AUGCAAAGCUCUCUCGAUACUCUAGUAAAAAAUUUAGAUGAUAAUCAAUUUGAAAUUCUAAAAGAGGAAUUUGAAGCAUCCCAUCCCCAUCUGAAUUUAUUAAAGGAAAAGGGAAUCUUUCCUUAUGAUUAUGUAACCGAAUGGAAUCAACUAAAUGAAACUGUUUUACCAGAACCUGAUUCUUUUUUUAAUCAAUUAACAGAUAGCAAUAUAAGCAAAGAAGAAUAUGAACAUGCGAAAAAUGUUUGGGAAAAAUUUCAUAUUAAAAAUUUAGGUGAAUAUGCCGAUAUUUAUUUAAAAUGUGAUGUUUUACUAUUAGCAUGUGUGUUUGAAAAUUUUCGUAAAAUUUGUCAUUCAACCUACGGCUUAGAUCCUGCUAGUUACUAUACUACACCUGGACUAACUUUCGAUGCCAUGCUGAAAGUAACUAAGGUAAAGUUAGAAUUAAUAACAGAUAUUAAUAUUUUAAAUUUUGUAGAAGCAUGUAUUAGGGGUGGGUUAACCUUAGCAAUAAAAAGGUAUGCAGAGAGCAAUAAUCCUUACAUGAUGGAUUAUGAUUCAAAUUUACCCGAAAGCUAUAUAAUCUACCUAGAUUGUAAUAAUUUAUAUGGACUUGCAAUGAUUGGAAAACUUGCAAAGGGUGAAUAUAAAUUCCUUACACCUCAAGAAGUACAAAGUUUUGAUGUUAAUAUUGAUUCCGAUGGGGAUUAUGGCUACAUGUUAGAAGUUAGUAUUGAUUACCCUGAAAAGCUACAUGAUUUUCAUAAUGAUUUCCCGUUUCUACCAGAACAUAAAAUAGUUAAUAAACAAAAAAAAUUAGUAAGUACUUUCUAUAGUAAACAUAAAUAUAUUCUUCACUUAAAAAAUUUGCAACAAGCUUUAAACUAUGGUUUGAAAUUAACAGCAAGACAUAGGAUUCUACGUUUUUCUCAAUCAUUGUGGUUGAAAAAAUACAUUGAUUUAAAUACUGAGAAAAGAACUAAUGCAAAAAAUUCUUUUGAAAAAGACUUUUUCAAAUUGAUGAAUAAUGCAAUGUUUGGUAAAACCAUGGAAUCUGUGCGUAAAAGAUCUAAUUGUAAAUUGAUAACAAGAUACGAAGGAAAAAACGGAGUGAGAAAUCUAAUAAGUAGUCCAUAUUGCAAAAAAUUUACAGUAAUAGCUGAAAAUUUACUAGUAAUAGAACUACAACCUUCUGAACUUAAAUUUGAUAAACCGAUUAUAGUAGGAGCAUGUGUUCUUGAACUCUCCAACUUUCAUUCCAUCCGUUCAUCCGUUUAA